AUGGCAGCCGGGCCCAGCGGUGCCACUGACUACCUGAAGACCUGGCCCUGGAAAGAAGGAACCAGCCGGCAGUGGGUACAGGGCCAGUGGGGCAAGGAUGCAGCUGGCUGCCACGAUUUGGGAUUACAGCAGCUGGAUAUGACAGGAUUACUUAAUAAAAAUAUUUUUUGGAAUUUAAAACUUAUGAGAUUAUGGGCCAGCUCAACAAGCAGAGUCAGAGUCUACAACUCCUUACAGUACCAGAGACAUGUCCCAGAAAGCCAGGCAAGGGACCACCUGGCAGAAGAAACCCCAGUCACAACUUUCCCAAUAGAAACUUGUGUGGAACUCCUAGUAGAUCUCCAAGUGAGCUCAUCCUCUAAGGAGUUUUUAACAGAAGCUCUCCAGGACAACCACAGCCCUUUCCAACUAAAGUGCAGAGAUUUCUACACUGCUCUCAUCUUUUUUCAUGAUGCUGUAAAAAUUCUGACUCUUUUGGACCCUUUGGCAAUUCGCAGAGUGGAUUUAAGUCAUUGCAUGAUAAUCUUGAUGGAUAUCAGGUCCCUUGUAUCACAGAUUGCAACUUUCCAAAAUUUGCAGAGCUUGAAACUGCCUUCUUUUAGUGGAAAUGAAAAACAGGAGAUAGACUUCACAUUAAAGAUCAGUAUUGACAUUCUUGCUGCAGAACUGAGCAAAUUGAGGCACCUCAGGGAGAUUGCUUUAUGUGGCCUUUGUCUUUCUGACCAGGUGGAAUAUCUGCUUAGAGGUCUACAAUGCUCCCUGGACCUUCCAUUUUCUUACUGCACUCUGACAAAGAAAGACCUAAUUUACCUGUCCAGGAGUCAACAUAGCAUUCAUCUUAAAAAGCUAGAUCUUACUGGCAACAAUAUAACCAAACAUUUAGACUCCUUCCUGGAACUUCUAAAGUCAGUCUCAAAUUCACUGAAGUGGCUGAAUGUGACAAUGUGUGGAAUCAAGGAUAGUGACUUUUUAAAAAUCUUGUCCUAUUUAUAUUCCUGUACCAGGCUCUCCCAUCUUGGUCUGUGUGGCAACCCACUAUCUAGCACGAGUGUGUACAUUUUACUAAGUCCAGGCCAGCACAAAUUGCCCAACCUGAAGGUGAUAUCAGUUCCAGUCUUCCUAGAUUGUUGCAAGAACCUGCCCCAGCACGAUCCACUUCCGAAGUCAUUGGAGCCUUACAUUGAUAGUGACAAGUUUUCCUCUGUUCUGAAGGAAAUGAAGCAGAUGGAACUCAAAAAAGGAGACUCUGCCAUUGAGUAUCCUUCUAGUCUUACCUUUGACUUGCUUGACUAUUUUGACCUGCGAUAA